GAAGUUCAAGAACAACAUCGGCAAACAGGACGACAGCGGCCUCAGCGCAUAUGGACUGAGCAUGAAGGCUUUGUCAAAAGCUGUGGCAGGACGAGAUAUGGAGGUUCUCGAGAAGGCAUUGAAGGAUGCAGAAGCAGCUGGUGCGGGAGCAGAUCUGCUGGAGAAAGCACGUGAUCGCCUUUGCGAGUUGAAGGAAGCAGAAGCCCGGGCAAAAGCAGCGGAGGAACUUCAGGCUGCUAUUGACAGCGGCGACCUUGCACUGUUGGAAGCUGCGCUUGCGAAAGCCCGGUCUUUGAAGGUCCCUGAGGACGUUCUACGCGCAGCUGAAGCGGUGAUGUAUGCUGCUUGCGCGCAAGCUUCUCUUUUCAGGGCCAUGGAGGGCCAUGACAUCCAGGUUCUUGAGAAUGCGUUGAAGGAUGCAGAAGCAGCUGGUGUUGGGUCAGAUGUGCUUGAGAAAGCACGUGAUCGCCUUUGCAAGUUGAAGGAAGCAGAAGCCCGGGCAAAAGCAGCGGAGGAACUUCAG